CAAGCCUACUGCCAAACUCUCUUUAUAAAGGUCAUAGCACAUCCCUCAACUACAUUCUCUGAUUCCAAAGUAGCUAUUGAGGUUUCUCCCUCCUCUCUGUUUUGAGGUUUGAAGAUGGUGAUGAUGGUGGGUGGGCAUCUGGAGAAGCUUGUGGGCAGCCUCAAGUCCAAGCUGAAGGCCUUGAAGACAAAGAAGAAGGCAUAUGAUAAGAUGGACAAGAGCGAGAGCAUGCGGGUGGAGAUAAGAAGCCAGAGAGCCAAGAAACUCAUUGCUGAGACUCUAAAGAUAGCAGACUCUCCUGGCCACAAGAGCUAUGCCUUCUAGUCCCUGCAUGUUCUCAUGUCAAAACAUAUAUGCAUACUUCUCAUGAAGAAGGUGUCAUGUCAUCUUUACUAUUGCAUGAUAUGUUUAUCAAGUAUAAAAACUCUUCAGUAUGGUUCUCCUCUUCUUCUCAUCUGUUUCAAUGUCUGUAUGCAUUUGUGUUUAAGUUUAGCAUGGUAUGCUGUUUGCAGAGAACA